UAAGGAGCCAGUAUGUAGGCAGUCUGUGUCCGACCGUCGCCAGGGUGGGACAUCAUCGAGCCUUGUUUAUUUGUUGUCCAGCAACACGUCCGAGUUCGCGAGUUGUGAAGUGACUUUUAAAUUAUGAGUGUGCGUGCCACAAUAUUAUUUUAAAAGGAACCCGCCGUUAAUUACAGCAUGUGGCGAUCGGCUUCGAUGGGCGCGCGGCUGUGCGCGGGGCUGGCGCUGGCGAUGUCGCUGGCCCUGGGCGCCGGGAGACGCGACUAUAAGGACCCGGAGGCGAGGCAUCAUGCCGACCUAUCGCUGUGGAUUGAUGAGCGGCAAGUCAGGAUGUUUAGUGGUAUAUCAAUGCAAGUAUUCGCCAUAAUAAACGGUCACGUAUCACCCUACGUGUUAGACCCAAACUUCUCCAAUAAACUGCCAGUGAUACCAUCUGAAGUUGGCUACGUGAACUUCACGUGGAAGUCGAAGAAGCGAUACUACUAUGACUUUGAUAUUCUGACGUCAUCAGACCUAACGAUACUGAAGCCGCCUGUAUUGUCCAUCAAAACACGAGGACGGGUGCCUAAAACAUCAAAAGAAUUCAGUAUAAUUUUGCCAUGUGUGGGCAAUAAUAGCGGCGUGGCCACGUUUGAAAUAGGGCUAGUGCUAAAAAAUGGCCGCGGAUUGCCGCUAAAAGGCACCCCAUUAAGAUUACACCUAAAGAAGGAAUGCGCACAGAGAGGUGUGUAUUUAGAAAGGACAGGCCCCGACCCGGAAUGUGACAAAAAAUGCGCAAACCAAGGGUGGUGCAACAACGAGAAAAUAUGCCAGUGUCCGGAGGGUUACAUGGGGCAGGACUGUCGGACGGCGCUGUGUUACCCGCAGUGCAUGAACGGCGGCAACUGCACCGCGCCCGGAGUGUGUUCCUGCCCGCCUGGGUACCAGGGACGCAACUGUGAGGGAGGCAUAUGCGCGCAGAAAUGUUUGAACGGAGGCAAGUGUAUACAGAAGGACACAUGUGAAUGUCCUAAAGGCUACUACGGAUUGCGCUGUGAAUUUUCAAAAUGCGUGAUCCCCUGCUUAAACGGGGGCCGCUGUAAAGGGGUGAACAAGUGCCGCUGCCCCGUAGGGCUGGGCGGCAACCACUGCGAGGUGGGGCGGCGGGUGGGCGACUGCACGUGUCGCGGCGAGUCCUGCGCCGGCGCUCACACGUGCCGCCACGGCCGCUGUGUGGCGGGUGCGUGUGUGUGCGAGCCUGGCUGGAGGGGGCGCUGGUGUCAUCGGUCUACCGGAUCAUCAGAAGAGUCCGGCGAAUACAAGAGGCCUCGAUGAAACAAAUACAAACUGUUGACGAAACUACUUAAUAAUGAUGUGAUUUCUUAAAUUUUAUUAUAAAUAUUUUAUACAUAUUUUGUAACAUUGAUAAAUUAGUCAUUUAGAUGUUAAGCUCUAUGCCACUUAGUUUAUGUAUUUAGAUUUAGGACUACAAAAUAAAAUAAAAUAUUAGAUAUA